AAGGAGAGCUAUGCUCACAUCGAGGAUGCGCCGUCCGAGAGGUCCAUAGGAUCCAUAGCAGCCUAUGCUCCCAAGAUCUUCAACCGGACCAGCAUCAUGGGACUGCUGGCCCUAGCUGUGAUAGCCCUCCUUGCGAUACCGGGUAUACCGGCGCGUUCAGCACGCCCUUCAGCGCGCCGUUCAGGGCUCCGGAAGGAAGUGAUCCAAGAGUGGGCUGGACCCACCAGCAAGGAUCAGGUCCUACCACUGGACGAGUGGGCCAAGGUCUUUAAGGUGGUGGAUGAUAUGGAUGCUCCGUUGACCAAGAGACGCUACUACCAAUAUUCCCAUCAUUAUGAAUUCGUUCCCAAGAAGGCGAAGUUUGAGGAUCUGGUCAAGUGGCAGCAGCGGCACUUAUGCCCUCCCUUGUCCUUAGGCACUGAGAUCAUGGGCGAUGCAGACUUGCCGCGGCAGCGCGACGUGCCCUCCGCGGGGGACUGCCAGAGGUCCUGCACACAGACGCCGGGCUGUGUGGCUUUUACCUGGGUUCGCGCUGAGGGUGACGACCAUCAAACUUGCUUCAGACGGCUCUCGAAGCGGCGAUACUGGUCUCCCGAGCCCCGGCAAAAGGAUGGUUUAGUGAGUGGUUUGCCGUGCUCGGUCACUGCACAUCCAGUGGAGGAAUGGCCAAAGCAGGAGAUGGACUACUUCCGUUUGCCCAAGCCACCGGCUUCUCCGCCCGAGCGGCCGGUGGGUGGCACUCGUAUCCUUUGCAUCGCGGUGUGUUUGCCAUUUACCAAGGAGCAGGAUCUACUGAUCAUGCAGUAUCGUUAUGGCAUCGGCAUCUUUGCGUGCGACAACUAUGCCAUCUACUCUUCGCUCUCCAUGGAACUAGUUCCAGGAGUGAAUACCCGACGAGUCUCAAGCACUUUGAUGGGUGAGCUCGGCGGUUCCUUCAUGACGGUUCUCAAUCUUGGUGCCUUCAUGAUGGUGUGGAAGCAGGUGCUGAGUGACGCCGAGUACCUGAAUCAUGACUGGAUUCUCAAGGUGGAUCCUGACACGGUUUUCCUGGUGAACCGCCUCCGACCCAUUUUGAAGAGCUAUGGAGCGCAGAUGGAAAGGAGCGGGAUGUACCUGAACAACUGCAAAGACGGCCUGCACGGACCGUUGGAGGUCUUUUCGCGCGGUGCCCUGAUGAGUCUGGCGGCGACCUCGGAACACUGCGCGGCCAAGUUGGACGGGGGCACGGAAUGCACCAAGGAUUGCGACAAGUACUGGGACCUGAACUACAAGAAGCAGUGCAACGGCCCUUGCACGGGUUGGUGGGGCGAGGACAUUUGGUCGGACCAGUGCCUGUACCAAUUCACCGAUGCCAAGCGCGUUUUUGAGCCUCGGCUCCUUUUGGAAGAUCACUGCGAUCCCAAACCCGGCUGGAGAGAUUGCAGUGAUUCUGAAGUGGUGGCCUUUCACCCCUUUAAGAAACCAGAGGAGUACCAAACCUGCUUUGAGCGGGCCUCCGGCAUGAAGAUCCAUCAGUGAGGCGACGCGGCUCCAAGUGGCUUGUCACUUCACUCCAGGGGAAGUGAAAAGAUUGAGCGGUGUCCAAAAACCCAGGUGUUUU